AGUACGACUUCAUGGUUGUCAAGGAAACGGUCCGAAGGGGAGCCGCUCUCUCCUGCCGCCACGGCGGACUUCAACAUCAUGGACCUCCCCGAGACCCUCAGGAAACGCUUAGAUGAUUUUUCCCGAAACGUUUUAUUCGAGCCGAGCCGGAGUCAACCUCCAUCAAAAGACCACGACGCGAUUUUACCCCGCGACAAGCGCGUCCUGUCCAGCCUUCCUCUCCAGAUGUCUCUGUUCUUUAACAUGUGGUUCUUCCCCUGGUGGUGGAUCAGUGAAACCGUGAUGCUGCACCUGAAGUAUCCUGCCCUGCCCGACUACUACAAAUUCAUCCUGGUCACGAUUCUCAUCCUCAUGACUCUGAUCGAGGCGAUCCGACUCUACCUGGGCUACACAGGGAACCUGCAAGAAAAGGUCCCGGAGCUGGCUGGAUUCUGGCUGCUGAGCAUCUUACUCCAGCUCCCACUCAUACUCUUCCAGCUCUUCAACGAGUCCAUUCUCGUGCAACCUUUAGAGCGAGGGGUCCACAUGGUGCUGGCAGUCUUCCUUCUCUCACAGGCACUGUCUGGCUUCGUGGCGCUGCGAGACAUGGUGCGGAACACUGAGGACCAAUUCCACCUCCAGCAAUUCCACUGAAGUCAUUCCGUGCCAUCUUGUCACCAAACGUGCCUGAAUCUGAGUGUAAUUCUAUUUUAUGAGGCCUUUUUUUUUUACAUCUUUGUAAAUGUAUAAAUAAAUAUGA